AUGUCAUCAACAUCAGUUGAAACGCCACAUACUUUGAAGGCAUGUGUAAGUCGGAAGAUGAAUAUUGGUGAAACAGUUGAAGUUAUUCUGAAAAAAGCUCAAGAAGAAAAUCGAUUAAUUUCUGGAUUAAACAACAUUUCAAAUUUCUUGAUAGAAGCCGAAAAUUCUGAACAAUCGUUGUUCUUCUUUGUCGUACCAUCAACAACCAGUGAUUCGAUUGCACACAUGCAGGAAGUAGUUUUGCAGUCAUUCUGCUUUGAAAAUGACAUUUAUAUAAUUAAACUUGAUUCAGUUGAAAAAUUAAACAAAAUUUUGGGAUGUGAAAAAGUAGUGAGUUGUGCACUUGUUCAGAAAAUGACACAAGCCAAAGACAGUCAAAGUAGAUCAAGCAAAUAUACUGACUUCGAAAUGAACAUAAUUGAUCACUGCGAAGAGUUCUGGGAUGAACUUGUACAGCCAAUAAUAAAACUUCCAGAAAAGUGA